AGUCAUGGUAGUCAUGGUAGUCAGGUUGGCAGAAGUUAGUUCACAUUGUUUGGUCAGUUGGAUCCUAAUAAAUCGUAGGUAAUAUUUAAUGUGUCCAUUAAUUUAAAAUCAAGUGAUUAGCAGUUGAAGCUACCUACAGAGGCGUUAACCUCUAAAUGCAUUUAAAUGUUUCUCAGGUAGUUUUUUUUUCUCCGAUAAAGUGAAAGUAAAACCCCUUUCUGAUUCACGAUUAAAAGCGUGGGUGUAGAUUUUACGAGGGGGAUUUGAACGCAGCAUAGUUCCCAAGGAGAAAGCCGCAAAGGAAAGAAGGGGUCGCGAUGUUAAACCGGGAUCCUCCGGUAAAAUCCUUUUGAACAGAACCAGAGUAACGGUCAGUGUCCAGAGUUAACACUGGGUCAGUACUGCAGUUCUCCGGAUGUUUCUCUGACCGUGCAUCCUGCACUGGUCCCGGGGGUAAGGACUGAAGCUGCCCCGGUUCAACCUGCUGAGGCUGAGAGUGAUCUGGACUGUGAUGGGAUGCAGGUGGAGGCGCCUGGAACAAAACACCGAGGUAAACUGCAACUCAUCCUCAUCCUCCUGUGUGUCCUGUCAGAACACCAGUCACAGCUGUAUGCACAGCCACAUGAAGGCGGAGUGUGCGCCACAUCCUCCUCCAUUCAACCGAAAAAACACCAACCACACAGGCCACUGUGGGUGGGUGACAGUCCAGAGUCCUUAUCCUAAUUAUGGGCGACCACUAAUUACCAGAGGAGUCAUUAAAAACCAGGCAGCUGUGGCAACAAAUAAACAGCCUGAGAGGAUAAAAGAGCAUCCACAAAUGCUGCCCCUAGAGCUGCCGGCCACGUCUGUCUGGCUCCUUGGAAGCUCCAGACGGUUUGUUCAUCUGAGGGAAGACUGAGGGGAAGUCAAGCACACUGGGAUCUGAGCCAGUGACCUAGAAGGAGAGAGAAGCGGAGUAGGAACUUGAUUAAAAUGGGGCUGAAGAUGAGAACUGCGCUCCUCACGUCUGAGUUCUUAACACUCAGCCUCCGACCACAUCAGAUGUAGAACCUCCACCAGCACCAUGUGACUACGCCUCAUCCUCUACUGAGCCUCCCCUGGCUCUUCUGCUGGCUGCACUUCUGCCUUCACCCGUGUCGUAGACAUGGAGCCCUGCAUUGCCAACCUCCCCCUGUCCCCUGAUCCUCUGUCUUCCUUUCCUCGAUACAGACCAAGUGUUUCUCAGUACCCAGGCCUUCAAGGACUGCCGUUUCCUCUCAUGUCCAGGUGUAACAGCAGCACGCUGCUCACCAACCUUGGGCUGAGGUAUUACUCCAGCCGACAGGGACCCCUGGGAGUGGGUCUGGGUCAGGAAAUGACCUCAGGAUCCUGUGGUCACACAGGAACUAAUAGCAGCAGGCCUUACAGGAGUAUGGAGAACCUGAACUGGAACAACGUAGCAGACUCUGGACUGUGUGCAUUCAGUGCUGUCCCUUACAGGAGCAUGGACAGUGAGUUUAUUCUACGUUAUACAGCAACUAGCCACUGGUACGAUGGGCCCCCAGAUGGGUCAGCGCUGGGGUCUCAUGGACUGGUGCCUAACCCAGAAAGUAUGGCGUUUUACCCUCGACAUGGGAUACCUAGGAAAGACCUAUUCCCCCAUUUGCUGUUUCCUACUGGAGUUGAUGAACUGGAUGCUAGGAAAGGUCUGAGGGAGAAACUACGUAUUCAAAGUGCAAGGUCAGCUGUGGAGUCUCUGAAACCUCACCCAAUGCGUCCCCAGAUGACACCAGGUGCCCCAUACCUUGAUGGUGUGCAUCAGGUCAGCUCCACAGGUUCUGGUUGUAGGCCCAUGGGCCCAUCACGCAUCACCAAUCCAGAGGAAAUCAAGCAAGAAGUCCUGCGGCGUCUGAAGCUGCGCCGUCAGAACAGCAGCCCCAACCUCACUCUGAGCAGCUCCCCAUCUACCCCAAAGGCAGUCAAAACCUCCACCACAACUGACAACAUUGCAACCACCAGAGAUGGACCAGAUUCUCUAUUUGAGGCCCGCAGACCACCCAUGGGACGACUACAUAUACCUACAUUUGAGGAGUUUAAGAGGAUGAGGCAAAAGGAGGGGGGGCAGAAAAAAGAGGCUACAGCGGGUUCUUUAGCCUGGGGCUUUGAAAACCCCAAAUCUGACUUGUUAGACGCACAACCAUCAGAAUGUCCCCAGAUACCCCCACACUCUGAUCAGACUGUCCCUCAGACUCAAUACAGAGAACUGAGAAGAGAACCUGAGGAGCUAGAGGGAGACCAGAGUACAGUUGACAGGACAGACAUCAGUGAUGGAGGCCUGGAUUUCAACAUCUCCUUUGAGAAACUUCCUCCUGCAAAUACUAAAAGUACCAAUCCUGUCUCAUCCUCCAUUGCUUUGAGGUCCAGCACACUGUCUCCCAUUCGUACAGGACCUUCUCCACGAUUACCCCUGCAGCCACUGGGAAGUUCAAACCAGGCGAAAACUCAUACCGCAGAAGGGGACGAUGUAAGCAAAAGGCGUAGGAGGAGCAGUCUGGAAACAUUUGGGUCGGUUCCGUUCACUCAGAACUUAGAACGACCGUCCAGCUGCUGCCCUGCGCUUCUGCUGGAGGGGACGGAUCUGUCCCGCUAUGGAGCCAAGAUUUAUAAGAUGAAGGAUGGCCUGAUUGGGUCUGCAUUGGACCUCAUCAAGAAGAGCUGCAGUGCAGAGAUUUCUGCUGAGACCCCCGUCAGGCUGUCAGGUGACCAGCAUGGAGGCUGUGACAUCACCGCCGCCCCAUCAGUCCCUAGCUUUCAGCCCUCUGCCGUUGCCAUGGCAACGUCGGCAACGGCCUGCAGACCUGAGACUGGAGACGAGCCGCCUGCAGGAGGAGCAGGAACAGGAGGAGAAGGAAGGAGAGAGGAAGCAGGAGAAUGCCACAGCAGUGUGGGCUGCAGGCGAUCCAGCUCGGACGCAGCCUAUGAACGUGCUGAGACGGUUAGGGCGCAGCGCGAGUGCCGCCUCAGGCCCCACUACAGCGACCCCAUGCCAGCAGAUGCCUCCAAACGCAAACAGCUGGAGAUGAAGAUCGCUGCCGCCGCCCGGGUUCAUAGUCAUCGACGAGAUCGUGACAGAGACAGUGCUCCUGCAGCCCUCCGUGGUCGAUCUGAGCCCCCCGGUGAGGAGCGUCAGGCAGGUCUGGCUGUGACACGGUCAGGCCAACAUCGUUGGAGCACCAUCAGCAGCCUGAGCGCUGACAGCGGUGUGGUGGGUCUCAGUGAUGAGCGGGAGGAGGAGGACAGCGAGCCUCGCCGUCAUCGCCGGAGCAGAGGUGCUGAGGUGGAAAGGGUGGACAGCGGUAUCGGUCCAGGACUCUCCCGCACCUGGAAGAGACCGUCGGCCUUGCUGAGAGCCUGGGAGUCACAGAGACCCUGUCCGGACUGUGGACUGAGGGACGGGCUCUCCAGAGAGCGUGGAGAACGCAUGUGUGAACGCUGCACCAAACUACGCACUGAACGUAAAGAAGCCAUCCUGGAGUUCCUGAACACGGAGUCGAGUUAUGGCGAGGACCUGAGGAUCAUCAAGGAGGAGUUCUACUGCCCCAUGCAGAGUGCUGGGCUGCUGACAGCUGAGCAGCUCACGGUGGUGUUCGGUAACGUUCAGGAGUUGAUAGAUGUCAACGACCGCUUCACUGAACACCUCCAGGACAGCAUCGACCAGGCCUUUGACCAGGGAGAUGACGAUCUUCUGACCGUCUACAUUGGAGAGAUCUUCUUGGAGUUUGUCAACAUGCUGCCUGCCUUCCAGACCUACUGUCUUCAACAGUCCACCUCUGUCAACAUGCUCAACACCCUGGAGAAAGAGAAAGAACUGCUCAGAAUCUUCCUAGAUGUUUCCCAGAAUGACAACACAGCGUUGCGUCGUAUGAACCUCCGCUCCUUCCUCAUGGCCCCCCUACAACGUGUGACCAAAUACCCACUGUUAUUGAGCCGGAUCAUCAAGGUCACUCCUGAAUGUCACCCUGACUACGCUCGUCUCCGUGAGGCCAAGAGUCGAGUGGAGUCCCACCUGGAGCACAUCAACAUGAAGACCAAGCAGGAGGGCAACGGUGUCUCCUGGUCCCUGCGCUCCUUCCGCCGUGACAGUCGCAAGAAUCGGGAGGUGAUCAACAUCGAGAUGAGAGAGCUGUCGAUGAAGACCGUGGGCUGGGCCAGAGAAAACACCCGCUUUGUGAUGGAAGGGCCUCUCCAGUUGUCCCAACCAGCAGAUGGUCAGUGGGUGAAGAAGGGAAGCAAGGCCCUGAAGUUCCAGAAUGUCCAAAGUCUCCUGAUGGUGAAGACACAGAGGCUGGGAGAAGCUUCAGGUCAGGGCACCGAUGUUGGAGCAAGGUUAGAUCAGAGUGAAGGUGGUGGAGAGAACAUUAGAGAUGGAGUCCUGAUACUCAUCAAGGACAAAAGCAGUGGAAAGUUCACAGUCCUGAGAGAACCCAUCCGCCUGGGGAACUGCGUGGUGUCAGCGGAUCCUGAUUGCGAGGACACGUUUGAGGUGCUGGACAUCAGACGGGAGUCAUUUGUAUUUCGUGCCUCAGACAAACCUCGCACUCAGCAGUGGUUCCACCAGAUUAAGAGGUACGCUCGAGACCUGGGUGCCUGGAGGAAAAGACGCAACGCCUUGCCCAACAUCAUGAUCAACACGAACCAGAACCGUUCCUGAGACCAAUCCAGUCAACCUUCACCUUUGUUACACUGUACAUAACCUGAAUCCUGACUUUUCUGACCAACAACACUGAUGGAACCUCUCAGCUCCUGCGAUGGUCAGAAGAAGAAUUACAGCACUUUUUUUUCUAAGAAGCUUCAAGUGCAUCCCACUGUCAUUUAAAGCCCUCAGAUCCUUGGACGACCAAAACCCCCUGGGCUGAGCUGGUCAGCCUUGAUUGUAAAGACUGUUUGCCCUUGGGUUAAAAAAAAAAGAGCCGUGUUUUCACUUAAUGAAGUGUGUCUGUUGAACCAGAGACAUGACUGAACUUGACUGACUGUAAGACGAAAAUAAUUGUUAUGUCCUUUUUAUACAAAACAGCACAGAGAGGGAAAUGUUAGUGUCAGUGUGUAGUGGUGCAGUUGUGGUUCACGGCGUUUUCACAGUCAUUUUCAUAGAACGUUUAUAAGAAAUGUCCACAGUCGUUUGUAGUGAAGUUGUUGAACCAAACCUGGAGUGACUUUUUUGUCUGAGAAGUAACGUCUUGUGUAUAGAAAUAUAUGGGAAAUGUUUCUCCCUUGAAGAUAUGGGACAAGGUUAAUGACCCACUUUUAAUUGGCAUAGGUGUGAAUUUAAGUGUGAAAAGUUGUUUGUCUCUAUAUGUAGCCCUGAGACAAACUUCAUGGACUUCUAUUCAUAAGUUGUUACUUCUUUAACAAUCAUGAUUUUCCCUUUACCACAACAGAGCCCUGCCCAUUUCUUAUAAACAAUCUAUUAUUGUUUCCGUUUGUUGUCCAGCUCUCUCUCCUCCAGCUGCUGCCCUCUACUGUGUGGGGGUGGCAGAGUAACUCUCACUGCCAGAGACGCAGAAGCCACACUGAGCAGAUGUCCUGUAUUACUGUGGUUUAAUAAUGAAAACUCACAUUAACAGCAAUAAUAUCUGCCAGUUUUGAAGCAAGUAGCUUUUGUGUUGUAUAUUUAAACUCUCAGUCCUCAGUUUUAAUUUAUAUGUCCAGAAUGGGCCCUCUACAGUAUGUGAUAGAUUUUACUCAAGUCUAAAAUAUACUUUCCAGUUUUGGAGGAGGGUUUUGCACCAUUAAAACAUCCCCUCCUCGUCCUAGCACUGAGAACUAUUUGUUAAAGCAGCUGGGCUAAGGUCUGUUUGAUCUGCUUUGUGUCCACACGAUAUCAGUCACACACCACUAUUUUUGUCACUGUUUUAAGUGCAGAAUUGUUACAUACAUUUGACUUCAAGGACAAGUAUAUAUUUAGUUUUGUUUUUUUAAAAUAUAUUUAUGCUCAUUAUAAAGGUGUCCAGUUCAGCCAAAUCAUUUAACCCAGAGUUGUUCAUUUCAAACAUAUAACAGAGUAAUAGCUUUACCCAGGUAUGUCCAAAUGUUGGCUCAGAGGCUUAUUUGGUGCAGUGUUUAUGUGGAUAAUGACUUCUUAACUGGAAUUUAUGUUUUGUGUAGUUAAUAUUUACACUAAACUUAGUUAUUCCCCCUUUUUUUGCCAACUUUAACCUGUUUGCUUCAUGCUUUUGCUGGCCUUUAACAUGUUUCUUGGCAGAUGCUAAUCAUUUCUGCCCCAUUUUCAGCUCAGUUUUGAAGCAAGUCUUUCAUGUUGUAAACCUAAGAUGUAACAUUUGGUAUUAAUUUUAAAAUGACUAACAGAGACUGACAUGUUUAAUAGAAACAGUAUUACAGGAAGCAGUUCACUUUGGACACCUAGCUAAAAAGUGUUUUAAUUGUCAAAACUUGUGAGCUUGUCAAUUACUUUAUCGAGUACUGAUUUGAAAAAACAGUUGACACCUCGGUUAUAGCAUUUUGGGUUAAAAGGCAAACAAGUCACAGUCCUCUUGUCGUAACAUCGUUUUAUUUUGUAACUUCGGCAAUGAGCUGUUGUGCGUUAGUUUCUGAUGUGACUGAAACGUGUAACACAAACUAGACUGCCCUCUGCUGGCACAUGAUGGCGAAGAACGAGAAAGUCGAUAUGAAGAUGACUCCGAGAGUCCUCAGUUUCUGUCCCGUUCUCUCUAUUAUUGAAGUGUUUUUACUUCUUCUCUUGGUGUGUUUAUUUAUGACAGCUUUAUUUUUGGUUUAAAGCACUUUAUUGUGAUUCAUAGUAAUACAACAUUUUCGCAGUAAUGCAGCAGCUGGGAAAAUACAGUUUUGUUUUUCCAAACAGCGGAGUCAAAUGAAGCUUCAUCAAACCAAACCGUGUGUAGAACCAUUUCUUUGUGUGGCGACGGCAGCACAGGAAGUAGCAAUUCACUGUUUUAAAGGUAACAGAGUCGACACUGGUUAUUGUUUUAAUAACGACUGAAUUACACACUGUUACAGAUUUUGCUCUUUCGCAUUUGAAAGGCACAAUGUAUUAUUUCCCUCGGUGAAUUCUAUUAAAAGAUUUUCAACAUUGUCGUGCAUAACGUUUUUUUUUUAAUGAUAGACAUUGUUAAACAGUAUAAGUUGACAUUUCUAAAUAUUUCUGUUUUGUUUUUUAGACAUUGGUCGUGACGUGAUUUAUUUCCUGUCCAGGGUGAUGCUAAACACAUUCGAAGAAACUGUGGUUUGGACACGUCCACAUUUUGUUUCCCUCACAAGGUAAUGUAAAAAAUAAUUUUAAUGAAAGUGUGUUUGUGAUAAUUAUUGUUAUGAAAUAUGCAGUCGUUUUUAAGCAUUUAAAUAACUUCAGUUUAUUCCCAAAGGUCUUGGCAGCUCAGUGUCAGACUUUUUGGGAAAAACUGAGCUAAAAGAAGACAUAUGCACACUACUGACUAUACAGAGAAACAAUACAUGAGGCAGGGCAGAGUCAACAUUUCUGCAAAUACAAGCUGUACAACAUAAAACUACCGCAAUGUAGCUUUAAUUUUUAAAAGGAAACUUCUUGGACAACAAACAACCCACAAGACCCUGAAAAAUACUCUAAUGACUAAUUAAUAACAGACUAACCAAUAACAGAGUAGCUCAGCAUCAACUAAUGACUGACUUAGACUUAUCUGGAAAACAGAGCAAAACAAACAAACAAAAAAAAAAUCAUAUUUUCUUUUUAUUAAUUUUAUUUGAAAAUCAACUCCAAGUCUCUGCACAGCAGUAUUGACCUUCUGUUUUGUCCUGUGGAACGAAUCAAACUCCUUUAGUACAAUUCAACAAAAGGAAAUAGACUGUUGCAAAAUAAGCAGCAGCUGGAAAAUCACAGGGGAAAAUAACAGUUGCAUCAGAUGAAGCUGAAAUGA